AUGUGCAUCUUCCCGCCAGGACCUCCAGUCCGGUGCGGAGUGCGCCCUCCCCGCGCCAUCUGGGCCCCCGGCGGCCCAGGCCCUCCCCGCCUCCGCGCGCGGCCCUCCGCGGCUGGAUGCCCAGAGCUUCCCCGGCCGGGGGCGGAGGGGCUCGCGGGGCUGCGGGCCGGGCGCCGGGGAGCCGGGGCGGGGGGGCGGGGGGCGCGGGCCGCGCUGGGGCCGAGGACGCACGCGGCCAGCCGGGUGGCGCGCGCUUUCCCCUCCCCCGCGGCCCGGAGCGCGAGCCGCCGUGACGUCACGGGCCGCCCGCCAGCCCCGCGCUCCAGCGGGCCGAGCGCGUGCGGCCGCCGAGCACAUGGGCCCGCGGGCCCGGCGGACUCGGGGGGCCGGGACCCGGAGGAACAGCGAGGGGCCGCGAGCGAGGAUGGUCCCCGGCACGCCCCCGGAACCCCCCGGGUGGAUUUCCACGCGGAGAGGAUGUUGGCGGCCCCGGUGACCUGCGGGGACACGGUUGGAUCCACCUUCCACCCUGUGGUCACAGCGAAUCUUUCUGAAGCUCUAACCAGUGGAGAAGGAGGUUGUAUGGAUCCUCUGAACUCCGAGUGGGACUUCCUGAAAGAUUUCUUAGGAGGAAAACCUUCCUGGAAGCAGCGGAAGAACAAACACAGAAUCUCUGGCUGGGCAGAGCCUUGUGGCCGGGUGGCCACUGUUUGGGAGCAGUUACAUCUUGGAGGACUGGAGCUUUUCUGGACUGGAAAGAGGGAGUUCUUCUUCUCCGUUCUGAAACAUCAGACCCCUCCACCCCCACCCCCUGCAACUGAUUUGUGUGAUUGCUAG